GGUACUUCCCCUCUCGACAUCACAGUUGCAAGAACUCCUCAAAUCCCUGUACUAAAGUUUUUCACCCGCAAAACAUUCUAGUAAUACAAGAUGUCCAAAAUAAGACUGGACGACAUGGCAACCUGCCCUAGCUGCGGUGACAAAGACAAAGACUUUACUGGACAUAACAUACAUUUUGAGCCUGUAGAGGAGUGUUUUGGUUCAGAAGAUCGUCAUAACCACUCGAUCCCCCACCACUGGUAUUUGCUAGGCGAGAAGGAUUCAGGGUACUCUGACAGUAACUUGUUUGGUAGGCUGAGUCUUCCUCCUACUCAGCCAAGUUCGAGAUCUGCUGUGCAUGCGCUAGACCAAUUCAUAUGGCCACAUAAUCAUGAUCAUUUUGUAUCGGUACCAACUUCGAUUCCUCCUGAACAGGAAUCACUAUCGUUAGAUCUAGAUCCAUUGUCAACGCAAUACGUCAAUCACCCUGGAAUACAUUCACAUGAAACCAAUGAUGCUACUAGUGUUACUCUGGUUUCUGAACUUACAAGUUUGUUUCAAAGACUUGAAAAAGAACUUGAAAGAGUCCGCUCCGAGAAGUAUGAUGCUGUAAAGGAUACAUUCCAAAGAGAUAUAGAGCUAUUGAAAUCUAAAGUUGCUGAGCUCGAAACACACAACAGAAAUGAUCAUGAAAAGAAAUUACAUGAAGAAAUUGAUGGCUUUAAAUCAAUGUUGACAAAAAUCUCUGAGAAAAUUGAUGAUAUGUCACACAAAGCUGACGAAAGUGAAAAAACCAUAAUUGAAAUUUUCUCACAAAAAGUGGACGAAUUACAAUUAGUAGCAGCUAAGAGUGAAUCUGGCCGACAAUCCAACACUGCAAAGAAGUCUCCCGAGAAAACAAGUUGCACCAUGGAGGAGGUAGAUAGCAGCACUCUAUAUGAAGCUGAGUUCAAAUCAGGUCAUCUAGGGAUAAUUAAAGUUCGUGUUAAUCUCGGCAAGUGUUUGGGUGAAGGAGGAUUUGGAGAGGUGUACAAAAUCAAAUUACCAAACGGUGAUUUUGCUGCUAAAUUCUUUAAUGAACAAAAAAUCAAAAAGUAUCCCGAAAGAUUGGAUAGAGAAAUGGAAAUUUUGAAAAAAUGUGAACAUAAGAAUGUCGUCAAGUAUAUUGAUUCCUGCCGAAUUCAGGAGCGAUCUGAUUCUCCUGUGCUGCUUAUGGAACUAAUGGAAACUAACUUUGAGAAACACUACAUGUGUUCAUCUACUCUUAAAUGUACAGUGCAGGUUUAAAACAAGUUGCUGAAGGGCUAGAUUACUUGCACACUAAAUGCAAACCGAAGAUAGUUCAUCGAGACCUUACUGCAAAGAAUGUGCUAUUAAAGUGGAAUCCCUCAAGUAAAGUUUAUACUGCUAAAAUUGCUGAUUUUGGUCUUUCCCGAUUUGUUGAGUCUAUAGAAACAGUGGUAUCAAUGACAAGAAUAUGGGCCACUCGACACUAUUUAGCACCAGAAGUUGAUACCAAGCAGCAUCGCUAUAACGAGAAGAUCGAUGUUUUCUCCUUUGGUCAUCUGGCUCUGGUUUCGUGCAUCAAGCAGAUAAUCAAUGAGUUGCCAGAUAUUCGACAGGAAGGAAGAACGUACUUAACAGAAAUUGAGAGACGAGCAACGCAUUUUGGAGAUCUGCGGCAUAAGCUACAUGUAAGUAUGAGUGAGGAAUAUCAGCAUGAUGACCUUGAAACGCUUAUCAAGUCAUGUCUAGAAAUGAACCAUAAAGACCGACCAACAGCAGCGGAACUAAUUGAGAAACUAUCACAGAUUUUAAAGCAUUUCUCAGCAAGCUCAAGCGAUUCGUCCGAUUCGUCCGAUAAAUUAGCUGAUAUAAACUGAUAUACACGUCACCCACACACUGUCAUUGCAUGUACAUGUAUUUUCUACUCGACAUAAUAGUUGACCAUACUAAUGCUAUAGACAUUGAUUCCCUAUAAUACUCCAUCACGCUCUGCUAAGAGUCUGCAUUUGCUAUAUAAGUACAUGGAUUAUUUUUGUUGCUUAUACGAAGGUUACAUUAUUUUUAUUUUUAUUCAUAAUUAUGAUAUUCAUGCCAUGGU